ACAUGAUAGUUUUGCUCAACCUACCACGAUAGUCGCCAGACAGCAGGUUUUACUACUGUAGCGGCGCCACCCGUCCAAAAUCUAACCAAUCAAAUUCAGGAGUAGGUGGACCCACAGGUAAAUUCAGCCAAUCGGAUUAUUGCUGGUGGGUGCUUGGUGUCAUAGCCACAAAGGCACAAUUUGCCUGCUGGUACAGUGUAUCAGGCUGGCUAGGUGUUGACAACCCUGCUAAUUGGCGUGGAGCUCCCAUCGUGAAUUUGAUAUUUUACGAAAUAUUUUCGACAUUAUUUCACCGCUGCGCGGGGAGGCAGUCCUGGAUUGUGAGGUCUCUUCAUGUUUUCAAACGCUGAAAUUAACGUUGUCAGCAGGACAGUUUUCGAGCGAAGCGACCUUCAACGGACUUGAAUAAACAAAGACUUUUUCUUUCUGUUUUACAUUGACUACUUCCAUUGUCCAGUGACGUCCGCGGCGGCCAUGGGACCUUCGCAGCCUGGCAUCUUUGGCAUCUUUGGCAUCUUGCUCUUAUGCUUCUUAACUCUGACAGCCGGGUCAGAUUUCCCUUUGAGAUCCAAACCGUCCGGACAGGCAGCUUUUGCUCGGCAUUCAAACCGAGCUGCCAAAAUCACUAAGCGGUCUCUGCCGGCUUCUUCGCACCUCCACGCCGCAAGCCGGCGGAGCGCCUCCGGGGAUGCCUCCUGUGACGCUCUCCAAGGAUAUGGAUCCAAGUUGGACAACAACACCCACCAUUAUACCUUCAAAGACCUCAGUGGAUCCGUGUCACUGGCCUGGCUUGGAGAUGGGACCGGGGUCAUGCUGGCUUUAACGACGUUUCAGGUUCCCUUCUUCAUGAUAAGACUUGGACAGUCAAAACUCUACAGGAGUGAGGACUAUGGCAAGACCUUCUUGGACGUCACGGACCUCAUCAACAACACCUUCAUCAGGUCGGAGUUUGGCAUUGCUAUUGGCCCUGACAAUUCUGGGAAAGUGAUCUUGACAGGCGAGGUGUCUGGGGGUCACAGGUCACGCAUAUUUGUCUCUAACGACUUUGGGAAGACUUUCACCCACCAAGAACUGCCCUUCAACCUCCUCAGAGCCAUCACCUACAAUCCCGAGAAUUCCAACGUGCUGCUGGGACUUAGCUACAAGGAUGAGCUGUGGCUGACUGAAGAUUUUGGCUCUAACUGGAAGAAGAUCCAUGACAUGGUGUGUCUGGUGAAAUGGGAGAGGAAAAAUACCAUCUUCUUUUCAAGCAAUCGCAAUGGAUCCUGCAAUGAUCGGGGAGUGCUGGAGCUUAGGAGAACAACUGAUUUUGGGAAAAGCAUCACAACUGUCGCCACAAAAAUCUACUCCUUCGGCCUGGGCGGGCGUUUCCUCUUUGCUUCUGUAAUGACGGGCAAGGGCACUGAGAGGAGGAUCCACGUGUCAGUGGACCAGGGAGAAACUUGGAAUAUGGCUCAACUGCCCGCCGUUGGUCACGAGCAGUUCUAUUCCAUCCUUGCAGCAAGUGAUGAAAUGGUCUUCAUGCAUGUGGAUGAUCCAGGAGAUACUGGCUGCGGCACCAUUUACGUGUCCGAUGACAGAGGCACCGUUUACUCCAGGUCAUUAGAACGCCACCUUUACACCACCACAGGAGGUGACACCGACUUCACUAACGUCACCUCCCUGCGAGGAGUUUUCAUCACCAGCGUCUUGGCUGAAGAUAACUCCGUGCAGUCCGUGGUGUCCUACGACCAAGGAGGGGAGUGGUCUCCUAUUCAGAAACCUGCAAACAGCAAGUGUGAUGCUACAGCUAAAGACCCAGAAGAGUGCAAUCUCCAUAUCCAUGCUGCCUACAGCAUUGCCAUGAGGCUCAACGUCCCCAUGCUGCCACUGAGCGAACCGAACGCCGUGGGCCUCAUAUUAGCUCACGGAAGCGUCGGUGGUUCGAUAUCAGUGAUGAACCCUGAUGUAUACGUGUCUGAUGAUGGAGGCUACACCUGGAUACAAGCUCUCGACGGACCCCAUCAUUAUGCUAUUCUGGACUCGGGGGGCCUGCUGGUGGCUGUGGAGCACAGUCCCAAUGAACCGAUAGACAAAGUCAAGUUUUCCACCGACGAAGGGCAGUGCUGGCAUCCAUAUACCUUCACCCAGGAGCCCAUCUACUUUACAGGGCUUGCAUCAGAGCCAGGGGCCCGCUCUAUGAAUGUCAGCAUCUGGGGGUACAGAGACAGCUUGCUCAGCCAGUACUGGAUCUCCAUCACCAUUGACUUCAGGGAUCUCCUCACCAGAGACUGCGUGGACCGUGAUUAUGUUCAGUGGUUGGCCCACUCUGAUGACAUCAGCAACCCCAAGGAUGGCUGCAUGCUGGGCUAUAAAGAAAAAUAUCUGCGUCUCAGGAAGGACUCCGUUUGCUGGAAUGGCCGAGAUUAUACCAUCACCACUCAACCAACGCCUUGCCCGUGCACACUGGAUGACUUCCUGUGUGACUUUGGAUAUUACCGCAAGGAGAACAGCUCCGAGUGCCUGGAAGAGCCAGAUCUGAAAGGCAAAGUGCUGGAGUUCUGUCUGCAUGGCAAGGAGGAGCAACUGCUGACUCAUGGCUACAGGAGGAUCCCCGGAGACAAGUGUGAGGGAGGACAGACUCCUGAACGGAAAGAGAUUGACCUCAGUAAGAGGUGUGUGAGUGACCUGCUGGGCCAUGAACUCCAGGUCAGCACCGCCGCCUGCGUCCGUCGUGACCUUUUGGGAUUCAGUUCCCUACCUCAUAUAUGGUUUUUACAGGGAGAAGGCCACUCCUCCAGAUCUGGAGCCAUUGUGGCAACAGUUGUCAUCAUCAUGCUACUGAGCGCUGUCGCUGGAGUUGUCUUCGUCAAGAAAUACGUCUGUGGUGGCAGGUUCUUGGUCCACAGGUACUCGGUGCUGCAGCAACAUGUGGAGGACAACACGGCCGAGGUCAUGGAUGAGCCACUGGACAGCGACCACGCUGGAAAUGGAAAGGUGGACUUCCACGACGACUCUGAUGAGGACUUGUUGGAAUAGCAGGUAGAGCCUGUUAAUCCACUCAGCAGCAAGCUAGCCUAGCUGCUGACGGCAGCCUGUCUCCAGCCACUUCCUGUCAUCACGUAUGAUCUUUGACCUCAGCUAGCACACGGACGGCCUGUGUCGCUCUGCCGUCUUCUGGAAGCACAAUGAAUGUAUGCCGACUCCCUGGGCGUACCAUAUGUUUGGGUGUAAAUUGCUGACGUUUAUUUAUUAUUACAUGGAUGCAAGACCUGAGUCAGGCCAAGAGAAACUAACUCCUGACCAAAGCAUCACCGUCCUGCCUCGGCUUCCACUUGGCAAGCGUUCCGAAAAAUACUCGUCCUUUCUCUGCACUCUGUCUGUAUGGCGUCCCAUCAAAGGUGAUAUUGGCUUGGCAGGCGACUGAUGGGUAACGACCCUCCCCAAUCUCUCCCCAAUCUCUCCCCAAUCUCUCCCCAAUCUCUCCCCAAUCACUACAACAGACAGCUACUUUGUCUUCCUGCCCCCAGUGGCCAGGAUGGGACUCUUUUGGGCCUGCUAGUCUGUGGCUCGUUCCUUUGUUUGUUGCUUUGGCUUUCAAAAGCAGCCUGGUGUCUCAACGUUUAGAUACACGUAAAAGACAUCUUUAAUAUCUGCAACCUUGCCUGCUGCCCUGUUGGAUAAAUGAAGCCUCCACAGAAAUAUCUGAACUUCACCUGCUAAAAGCUUCAACGCCACACUUGACCAAAGUACGUGGCUGUCGUACCGUCGUCAUCUCAGCACUCGUAGUCGUCUGUAAUGAUUUCAUCUGGUUUGUACCAAAGCUAUAGAAUCUGCACGGCGCAAGUCGUAGCGGAUACAUCUGUACUUUCAUAGCAUCACUUUCAAAUGUCUUAGAAACACACAGGAAGAAUGACAUGACAAUAUUGUAGGAUGUAGAAAGUACGUCAAUAACAAAACUCUCUUAGGUUUUGGCCCCCAGUUUGUUUGUCCCAUGUUUGUCAUGCCAAUUCUAUUUGGGAUUAGCAAAGGGUGCAGUAAACGUGCUGCGGCGGUAUGCGUGCCCCCCCCCCCCCACCAGGGGGGGGAGACGAGUAUGGUUCCGUAAGAACAGUGAAGGAUAAAUGAUGUUUCAUAUAAACUUGCAUUGAACUGCACGUAGUCCCCAAGUUGGUGUCCACGCCUCAGAAUGAGAGCAUUGUGGUACUUUGGUAAAGGGCUCAUGGAAAGAUGGAAAGAUGGAGAGAUGGAAAGAUGUAGGGCAGAGAGCUGGUAUUCCAUGACUAAGUCAUGCUAUCUUUUUCUUACAAUGUGACGCAUCACAUGCUUACGUGUUGUAGAUACAGUAUGCAGGCUUCCAUCUUCCCGUCUGCUGCUUUUCCUUGGAUUUAUCAAUAAAUGAUCCUGUUUCUCUG